AUGUCUGAACACACACUGUCAGAGGUGCCCACGAGGAAGGACGAGUUGCCUCCGGACCUGCUGGCCUUGAGAACAUCCAACGCCGAGAAGGGCGUCAACAUCAUUGCUCAAACGCCCAGCCGACCGUACUCGUACCGUGAAGAUGAGACAGUCUACGACCGCUUUACACCCGGUCGCAAGAGGCUCAUCACCGCCAUUGUGUCAUUUGGUGGCCUUGGCAUCAACCUGGCAUCACUGCUCGUGCUGUCAGCCCUGCCGGAGGUGGCGACGGCGUUCAACACAACUGGGACUGUCAUCAACUUCACCAAUGCCCUAUUCCUGUUAAUGAUGGGGAUUGGCGUUUUAUUCUGGGGUCCGUUAAGUCAAGUCUACGGGAGAAAAUGGAUUUUCGUCAUAUCUACAGUGUUGUUCUGCGCGUUCUCAUUAGCGACAGCGGUAUCCCCCAACCUGCCAGCUUUCUUCAUCUUCCGGUCAAUCACUGCUUUCGCCGGAACAUCAUUCCUCAUCGUUGGAUCUGCCUGUCUUAGUGAUAUAUAUCGCCCGACUGAACGUGGCACGGCAUUGGGAUGGUUUCUUGGCGGCACCCUCAUUGGACCUGCUCUUGGCCCCUUCAUUGGAGGCGUCAUUGUCACAUACUCCAGCUGGGAAUCUCUUUUCUGGUUCCAGGGCGCUCUCGGUGGCGCUGCAAUGGUUUUGGCAGUCGCUUUCCUUCCAGAAACGAGUCAUGGGAAGUGGUCCGAGGAGCUGGAGGGAUUGACGGUCAAGGAAAAAUGCGGUCAGAUAUGGGAGUGGGCCAAUCCAUUCAGGGUCAUUAGUCUGUUCCGAUAUCCUAAGAUCCUCAUUGUGGGUGUCGCCGCGUCGUCAGUCUUAUGGAACAUGCAGGUUCUUUUGACGCCAGUUCGUUACGUUAUCAACCCAAGAUUCCACCUGACUUCGCCUCUGCAAUCGGGAUUUUUCUUCCUGGCACCCGGAGCGGGAUACCUCGUCGGUACUUUUUUUGGCGGCCGAUAUGCCGACUGGACCGUGAAGAAGUGGAUUGCGAAGAGAGGGAGGCGUAUCCCCGAAGAUCGCCUGCGAAGUGCUUUUAUUGCUCUGGGCGUUGCCAUACCAGCUACCACCAUCAUCUAUGGAUGGGCAAUCGACAAGGCCAAGGGUGGAAUCCCUCUCCCCGUGAUCUGCAUGUUUUUGCAGGGUGUCGCACAGAUGGUCUGCUUCCCUUGUCUUAACAGUUACUGUCUAGAUGUUUUUAGAGAGAGGGCAGCCGAAGUCAUGGCUGGCAACUACUUCAUCAGAUACACUUUUGCGGCCAUCGGCACGGCGGUAGUGCUUCCCGGCAUUCAGGGCAUUGGUGUGGGUUGGUUCUCCACUGUGAGUGCUCUCUUCGUUGCGGUUUCGAGUGCUGCUGUGUGUGGUAUUGUCAUCUUUGGUACGAGACAGAAGAAGGCGGAAGAAAAGUCAGAACGCGUCUGA